AUGGACAAAGGCAAAGGAAAGGAAUUUAUCAUUGAUUUGAACGAUGAAGACUUUGAUUACCAAUAUGAUAGCAUUGUUAAAACUGAGUCUGAUGAAGAUGCCAUUCUAGUUUCGGACAAGAUUUUUAAUGAUUUAACUGUUGAAGAUGUAUGGAAGAUGGAGUUUAGCUCAGUAGAGGAAGCAGAAGAAUUUUAUAAUUUGUUUGCUAAAGUUACCGAAUUCAGUGUUAGAAAGGAUGAUGUGAAACUAGAUAAAAAUCAAAAUAUAGUAUCUCUUGGCAUUAACCAUCACCAUCAAACUAUAGUGUUUGGAUGUGCAUUAUUGGUAGAGGAGAGUGUUAGCACUUAUACUUGGGUCUUGGAGAUUUUUUUGGAUGCAAUGAAUAACAAGAAGCCUCUUUCUGUUAUUACUGAUGGGGAUAAAGCAAUGCGUAAAGCCAUUAAGAGGAUAUUUCCAGACUCUUGUCAUCGAUUAUGUGCUUGGCAUAUUCAACGCAAUGCAUUCACUAAUGUCCAUGUCAAAGAUUUUACUAAUCAUUUUUCUAAGUGCAUGUUCAUGGAAGGCAUCGUUGAAGAAUUUGAAUGUGCAUGGAAUGACAUGUUGGAAAUGUUUAAUCUUCAUGGACAUAAGUGGGUGACAGAUAUCUAUGCUAAGCGUUCUAGAUGGGCAGAGGCUUAUUUAAGGGGGCAUUUCUUUGCUGGUAUGAAAAGCACACAAAGGUGUGAGAGCAUGAAUGCAUACUUGAAUCGUUUCCUUAAAACUCAUUUGAAGUUGUUUGAGUUUGUCAAGCAUUUUGAUAGAGCACUCUCACGUAUUUGUCAUAAUGAGGCAAAGGCAGAGUUUGAGACACACCAUUCUUCAGCUGUUCUAACAAUCAAACUCUAUGCACUUGAGAAAUAUGCAGAGACUGUUUUCACAAGGCAAUCUUUUCUAAAAUUUAGGGAUGAGAUGAAGAAUGCAGAAUUGUUUUUCCCUGUCAGUACAGAAAAUCAUGGAGGUUAUCGUGUUCAUACAUUGACCAAGUUUAGAAGCCCUAACAAGAUUUGGAAAUUGGUUUUCCAUGUCCCCACAUGA